AUGGCCGACCUGGAACUUGACCCAGAGAAGAAACUCGAAGCGGAGGUGCGCCCCGUCGAAGAGGAAGAACCCGUCGCACCAAAGGGCAUUUUCGCAAAGGUCCACUACUAUGAGAAGUACCUGGAUCGCAAGAUGGGCAUCGAGUCCAACAGUCUUGACCGCGUGCACCCGGAGAACCGCCAUUCGCCCAGUCCGCAGGUCAUGGCUUUUAUGUGGGCGUCCGCGACGAUGAACAUCAGCUGCUUCAGUACGGGGUUUCUGGGCAAGGAAUUCGGGUUAUCUCUUGGUCAAACAAUUCCCAUCAUUAUCUUCGCCACUCUAUUAGGGGCCAUGGUGACGGGCUGGUGCGCGACGAUGGGGCCCGGGACUGGGUUGCGCCAGGUCGCUAUUUCGCGAUACUCAUUCGGUUAUUACCCCUCGUCUAUUAUCGCCUUGUUGAACGUUAUUGAGCAGUUGGGCUGGGCCUCUGUCAACUGUAUCACGGGUGGGCUAGCGCUCAGCGCAGUGUCGAAUGGACAUGUCUCGAUCGCCGUGGGCGUGGUGAUCGUCGCGUGUGUCAGUCUACUAUUCAGCUUCGUCGGACUGCGCGGUGUACUCCUCUACGAGAAGUACGCGUGGAUCCUGUUCUUCAUCAUCUUUAUGAUUAUCUACGGUGAAGCUGCGCAUCGCGCGAAUCUGUCUGACCCGCCGUCCGUCCACGGCUUGACUCGCUCGGGACAGGUUCUCAGCUUGUUCAGCGUUGUAUAUGGCUCCAGCGCGUCGUGGAGCUCUAUCGUCUCGGAUUUCUAUGUUCACUACCCCGUGAAUACCCCCAAGAUCAAGGUAUUCCUGUACACAACGCUGGGAAUCACGAUCCCGACUUGCAUUGGGAUGUUGCUGGGUGCUUGUAUCGCCUCUGCUCUGAGUGAGAAUCCUGAGUGGGCGGAGGCUUAUGAGGGCGGCAUUGGCGAGAUCUUAAAGGAGAUCAUCUACCCGAGUGGUUUUGCCAAGUUCCUUCUCGUUCUGCUUGUUCUCUCUGGGAUCGGCGUGAACGUUAUCGCCAUCUACGCCGGCGCACUAUCUGCGCAACUCUUUGCCCCGCCGUGCGCCAAGGUUCCUCGCGUUGUCUGGUCCCUCAUCGUAUUCAACUUCCUUUCCCUGUUGGGAUACUGGAAUACCUCUUUCUUCGUGAUCCUCUUCACCGAGCACUAUUACUUCCGAAAGGGCAAUCUCGCCAAUUACGAUCUCGACGCUUGGAACACCCCCUCGAAGAUGCCUGUCGGCUACGCCGGUCUCACAGCGUUCCUCUGUGGAGCGGCCGGGUGGAUUGUGGGCAUGGUGGAGACAUACUAUGUCGGGGCGUUGGCCUCGAUGAUAGGCGUGCAGGGCGGAGACAUAGCGAACGAGUUGGCGCUAGUCUUCACAGCGGCCUCGUACCUGCCCCUGCGCAUUUUAGAGCUGCGGUAUGUGGGCCGGUAG